AUGGCGACGAAAGCUAUUCCCAGGGCUUCCUUGGAUUUCCCCACUUUCUCAAUCAAAGCCUCCGUUACCAAUUCAAUGCCAAACGCGUCGAAUAUUCGUUCUCCCAAAUGGGUUUCUCUCAAAAUCAAUUGUUCUUUUUCUUCACGCCCGUUGCGUGCCCAAAUCAAGUCGAAAUGCAGCAAUGGAAGUCAAGUGAUAGAGUGCAAAGGGGUAUUCAUUAAGGAAGAAAGUGACGCAAAACCAAGCGAAGAACUUCGAAGGAAGAAGAUGGCGGUUUUUGUCUCCCGCGGAGGCUCCAAUUUCCGGUCAAUUCACCGGGCCCAACUCGACGGGUCCGUUCAUGGCGACGUCGUCGUUUUAGUGACGAAUAAACCUGGGACGAUUGGAGAUGAUUUUCCUCUAACCCACCCGUUUCCUGCUUGUAUGAAGAGUGGGUUGGAGAUGCUCUUAUUUAUGUCCCCAAAGUGA